AUGGAGUUGCUCAGCAUUGUCUCUUCUCCGAGGACUUUUGAACCAGAGCGAGAUGACAUUUUGGCGGCACAGCCAAGUCACCCGAUAGAUAACAACCAGACCGCAACCAAAUCCAUCGCCCCCGAUGGGGAAACAUCUCAUAACCCCAACGCAGCUAGCAGCGGAGAUGAAUUUGAAAACGCAUCGCGCCCAAAAGGAAUCAGGUUUGCAAUUUUAUUCCUCUCCAUCCUCGCCGGAGACUUUUUCGUUGGAUAUGACUCGAGUUGCGUGGCGACACUCACUACGGUGAUUUCAGAUGAAUUUGGCAGUCUUAAUGAGAUUGGCUGGUAUGGAACAUCAUACCUGCUGGCAUCUUGCUCCACCAUCCUAAUAUACGGUCAAGUGUAUACAUUCUUUUCUAUGAAAAUAGCAUAUAUGCUGUCAUUCUUUGUAUUUAUCAUCGGCUCUGUAGUAGCCGCCACGGCUCCUAACUCCACUGCGUUCAUUGUCGGGCGCGCAGUGAGUGGUCUUGGCUCGGCGGGUGUCUUUGCUGGAAGCAGUAUUAUCGUGGCAAACACAACCUCCCUCAAGCAUCGGCCCAUCUACACGGCCAUGUCAGGAGGUGUGGAAUGCAUCGCACUCGCAUUUGGCCCCCUUAUCAGCGGUGCCAUUACCCGAUAUUCUCAAUGGCGUAUUAGCUUCUACAUCAUCAUCCCAGUCGGUGUGGUGGUCAUAUUUUCAGUGUUCUUCUUUGUCCAUGAUAUCCAGCGCCCAGAGCACGCCGAUAUUCCAAACCGCCAAAAGCUGAAGCGCCUCGACAUUCCUGGGUUCGUGGCGUUCAUCCCACUGGCGAUCAGUGUAAUUCUUGCUCUAGAAUGGGGUGGAUCGGAGUACACAUGGGGCAAUUGGCGAAUUAUUCUGCUCUGGGUUCUGGUAGGCGUCCUCCUGUUGGUUUUCCUAGGGAUAGAAUACCGCUCUGGGGAUGAUAGCAUGUUCCCACUGAAGCUACUCUAUCAACGAUCGGUGGCUUUCAGCGCUCUUUUUACCUUCUGCAAUUCUGCUGCUCUUUUCGUGACAGCCUACUAUCUUCCAAUCUAUUUCCAGGCCAUCCGUGAAGCCACUACUUUUGAAUCUGGUCUUAUGUAUCUUCCGACCGCGGUGCCAUUUGCUCUGGCAAUUCUGGUCGCAGGUCCUAUUACCACCAUGAUCGGCUAUUACACACCCGUCAUGGUAACUGGCACCAUCCUCAUGGUUAUCGCCACAGGCCUUUACACAACCUUCUCGCCAACAACCCCGCCCAUAGAGUGGAUCUCAUACCAGAUACUCUAUGGCCUUGGGGUUGGCCUUGCCUUUCAACAGCCCUUCAUCGCAGUUCAGACCGUGCUGCCCGAGUCAGCCGUCGCCACCGCACUAGUGGCAAUAUUCUUCACUCAAGAGAUUGGUGGCAUCGUCGCGCUGUCGAUUGCGCAGAAUCUCUUUACUAAUAGACUUACCCGGGAGCUGGCUAAAGAGGUGCCGGGGCUUGAUCCAAGUACGGUGUUAAAGAACGGUGCGCUUGGUAUCAUGAAGACGGUGCCAGCGACGUAUGUUGAGGGUGUGAAGACUGCGUAUAAUGACGCUAUUGUCGAUGUCUAUUAUCUGGCAUUGGUGUUAACGUGCAUGACUGUCGUUGCAGCAUUUGGUAUUGAGUGGAGGUCGGUCAAGGAAGAAGGGAAAGGAAAGGAUCAACAAGGGAGCUCGCUCCAGACAGGUGAAAACAAGACUGGCGGAGAAAGGAGUCGAUCAGAUGCGUUGGCUACAUCGCAGCAUUCAUAG